CUUAAUCAACACUGCAGAACAACACCCUUUGAUUCCAUCUCCGAACCAAAACCACCUCCAUCAGUCCAAACAAUGGCGGCGGUCCAGUCAGAGAAGUAUUGCCAGGGUUUCACCAAACUGCUUACCAUAUUCUUGUCUAUUCUUUUACUUUUACUUGGCACUAUUUUAUUGAUUCUAUGGCUUAGUUUACGCCCUCAUCGUCCAACGUUUCAUAUCAUCGAUUUCACCGUCCCUGGUUUCGCUCAACCGUCGGGGUUCAACGAUUCUCGAAUAACGUUCAACGUCACCGCCCGUAACACCAACAAGCACAACGGAAUCUAUUACGACUCCGUGGCCGGGUUGGUCUUUUAUAGGGAUCAACAAAUCGGGUGGACACCAUUGAUGGAACCCUUCUUACAAGGACCAAAGAGAACUACGAUGUUGUAUGGUAAAUUUUGUGGGGUGACGCUGACGGUGACCGGAAAGCGUUGGCCGGAGUUCAUUAAUGCUAGGAAACAAGGGAUGGUGGUUUUCCGGUUGCAAAUAACGUCGGUGAUCAAAUACAAGAUUAGAACAUGGGAUGCUAAGCACCAUAAGAUGCAUGUCAAUUGUGAUGUUGGAGUUGGACCAAAAGGAUCGAUCUUGCCGGCUUGGAAGAACAAGAAAUGUCAUGCUCAUUUCGGUUAAAUGAAUCUUCCUAUACGUUCAUGAAUAAACUCAUUUACUUUUUAAUUGAUAAAUAAAAACAUUAAUAUUAUUGUUGUAAUUAUCAAUAAUUAUGUUUCAUUAAUAUAUAUAUGUAUAUAUAAAAUGAGAA